UGAUAAGUUAGAAUUUGUGAUUAAUUUUUAUCACAAUUCUAUACUUAUUAUUUGCCUAAUUGAGAGGUUUUAAUCUUACUUUUAUCUUAAAAUUGAUUUUUACAGGUGAGAAAUUUAAAUGAAGCAAUUGGGCUCAUUGGGGCUCAUUGAAGAGAUGUUAUUUCCAAAUUCAAGAAUGGGCCAGUUGGGCCAGUUCAAAUUUGGAAGACUUCACAUAAUUUCUGUGAGAGUAAACUAGGCUCGAGAACAAAAUUAAAGGAGAGUAACUCUUUUAUUUUGACUGAUAAGGAAAAUUGGAAAAAGAGAAAACAGCCCAGCAAAGUCCAAGAACGGCUCUAACAAAAAUGAAGAAAAAGAGUCCAAGGAGCAGAAGGAAAGGAGGUAGAUUUGGGGGUUCUUUGAAUCAUCAAUUCGAAACGGCUCCACGAAUUGCGGUUCCUACUCUCGAACGGCACCGAAAAAUCAGGAGUUAAGGGUUGGAACUGACUGUAAUUCGGGGAUAUAAAAACCGCAAUAGCAAGGGUUUUAAGGGGAGGAUUGCGAGGAGGAAGGGCUGCAACCUGGGAGAUGACCCAUUGAACUUCAGGCUGCAACUUUCUGGAGGAAGGAAUUAGUUAGUGCUUGAAAAAUUCUGGUUUGAUUCAGCAAUAUUCUCUUUUGAUCUUGAUUUAUUUAAUUGGCAAAAGGAUAAAAAGGAGGCUCCAAUUUGCUGCUAAUCCAAAAAUGGGUGAUGCACAAUUGAUGAAAGAGUUUGGGAGACCAACUGUAGGUGCCUCCCCGUCCUGCAUUGUAUUGAGUGAAGCUGCCCGCAAUUAUGAUUUGAAGACCGUUCACUUUAAUCAGUUGCCAUCUUUCUAUGGGCUUUCUUCUGAGGAUGCGUUGAUUUUUAUUCGAGACUUCUAUGGCAUUGUUCAGAAUUUUCCAUUGCAAGGCGUGACAGAAGAUGAGCUGAGGAUGAGGUGUUUUCCAUACACUCUUAAAGAUGCUGCAAAGACAUGGUUUAUGUCUUUAACACCAGGAUCGUUGCGCACGUGGGCUGAUGUAUACAACAAGUUCAUCGGCAAGUACUAUUCUCAGUCCAAAACUUCAGAAUUAAGAAGAAAAAUAGCCAAUUUCACGCAGGCUGAAGGUGAGCCAUUCCAUGAGGCGUGGGAGAGAUUCAAGAUGCUGCUCACACAGUGCCCUCACCACGGUUAUUCCCUGGCGCUCCAAAAUCAAACAUUCUAUGACGGUUUGACCCAAGGAAGCCAAGCAAUCGUUGACAACGCAGCUGGAGGAGCAAUGGGGGAGAAGACUGCUGAACAGACCCUAGCGUUAUAUGAGAUGCUUGGAGCUAAUUCCCAGCAGAAGAGCGUUCGUGGGAAGACUCAAGGGAUGUACGAAGUUGGUGCGAGUACAGAACUGGCCAUCCAAAUAUCCGAGCUAUCCAAGCAAAUGAAGAAUAUGUGUUCCAUGAUGGCGAUGAAUCAAUCUGCCGCUGCAGUGAAUGAAAUGCCCGAGGCUAGUCUUGAACAAGCUAAUAUGAUGAAUUCAUACAAUCAGAGGUCAAGGAACGAUCCAUUCUCCAAUUCCUACAACCCCGGUUGGAGGAAUCAUCCGAACUUCUCAUGGUCUAACGCGCAACAAGGGAACCAGCCAACUGUUGAACCCAAGAAGCCUUCUUUGGAGGAUACUUUGCAGAAUUUUAUGCAAAUCUGCAGCAACAACCAGCGAGUUAACGAGCAGCGUUUUCAGCGCACUGAUGCCUCUUUGAGGAAGCUAGAAGUACAAGUUGGGCAGAUUGCAGAAUCUCUCCAAGGACACGUGCAAGGAAAGCUACCGAGUCAAUCUGAAGAGGCCAAAGCUGUCACGGUUCUUAGAAGUGGGAAGGUAAUUCAGAAAAACGAAGAGCAGCCUGUUCCCAAGCUACCGGAGAAGGUAGAGGCUGAGAAGAAGCAAGAAGUAGAAGCUGAAAAGAAGAAAGAAGUGGAGGCUGAUUCGGUGUACGAAGAGUCCGGGCUGCACAAAGCAAAAGAUCCGUAUAUUCCGCCUAAACCAUAUGUGCCGCCGGUUCCUUUUCCAAACAGGUUAAAAAGUUCCAAGUUUGACAAAUCUUUUGAUGAGAUUUAUGAUUUGCUGUCCAAAGUUAAUGUUAAUCUGCCUCUUCUUGAAAUGAUAACUAAUAUGCCUGCCUACACUAAAUUUUUGAAAGAAUUAAACACUAGAAGGCGUAGGUAUGAGCCGAAUGAAAAGAUUUUUGUUUCUAAGGCUGUGAGUGCUGUUUUACAAAAGGACUUGCCCCCAAAAUUAGAAGACCCUGGCAGCUUUAUUAUCACCAUUAAUUUAGGGAAUUCUAGAACUGAAAAAGCUAUGCUUGAUUUGGGGGCGAGUAUUAAUUUAAUGCCUUAUUCUGUUUAUUUGAAAUUAGGUUUGAAUGAGCUAAAAACCACUACAAUGUCCCUGCAGCUUGCUGACCGCUCUAUAAGAUACCCUAGGGGCAUUGUAGAGGACGUUUUAGUUCAAGUUGAUAAGCUUAUUAUUCCCGCUGAUUUUGUGGUUUUAGAUAUGAGUGAUCAGUGCAAACAUGUGAAAGAUAUGCCAAUCUUACUUGGUAGACCUUUUAUGGCAACGGCUAAAACUAUGAUUGAUGUUCAAAAUGGAAAAUUAACUAUGAGUGUGCUUGAUGAAACUGUUGAAUUUUCCAUUUUGAAAUCCAUGAAUAUGCCGGCUGAUUCUGAUUCAUGUUUUGCACUUGAUAUGCUUGAUUCUAUUGUUCCUUUGAGUGUGUUACAGGAGGAUGAGCUUGAGUUUGCUUUAACUCUUGAUGUGCAAGAGUUUGAUGAUGAAAAAGUGAGCGAGAUGAGGGAUAUUCUGGACAAAACUGAGGUGCAAAGUGAGGAAAUAGUAGCUGAUUGUGUUCUGGAAAAAAAUCAGCAUGUUGAAAACCCACCUCAAGUGCAACUGAAACCCCUCCCCUCGAAUCUGAAAUAUGUGUUUUUAGGGUGUGAUAGUACUUUGCCUGUUAUUAUUGCUUCUGACCUGACACAGGAACAAGAAGAGCAGUUGCUUAAGGUGCUGAGGAAGUUUAAAGCUGCGUUUGGUUGGGCGAUUUCUGAUUUGAAAGGAAUUAGCCCAACGGUUUGUAUGCAUAAAAUCUUGUUGGAAGAAGGUGUUACUCGAUGUAGGCAACCUCAACGGAGGAUGAAUCCGAACAUGAAAGAGGUAGUGCGUGUGGAAGUUCUAAAGUUGCUCGAUGCAGGUAUUAUCUUUCCUAUUUCUGACAGUAAAUGGGUUAGUCCUGUGCAAGUUGUGCCUAAAAAGUCUGGGAUUACUGUUGUGAGUAAUGAGAAAAAUGAGUUGGUACCCACACGGGUUACCACAGGGUGGCGAAUGUGUGUUGAUUAUAGAAAAUUAAAUGCUGCCACUAAAAAAGACCAUUUCCCUUUGCCUUUUAUUGACCAAAUGUUAGAGCGCUUGGCUGGUCAUGCGUUCUAUUGCUUUCUUGACGGUUUUCAAGGUUACAAUCAGAUUCCGGUUGCUCCCGAGGACCAGGAAAAAACUACUUUUACAUGUCCAUUUGGCACUUUUGCUUUUCGUAGAAUGUCUUUUGGAUUGUGUAAUGCUCCUGGUACUUUUCAGCGGUGUAUGAUGUCUAUUUUUUCUGAUAUGAUUGAAAAGUUUGUUGAGGUUUUUAUGGAUGAUUUUUCCUUGUUUGGCGACUCUUUUGAUCAGUGUUUGCAUAAUCUGUCGCUAGUUCUUGAAAGAUGUGUUCAAAUGAAUUUGACUCUUAGUUGGGAGAAGUGUAAUUUUAUGGUUAAAGAAGGGAUCGUUUUGGGGCAUGUGAUUUCUAAUCGGGGGAUUGAAGUAGAUAGGGCUAAAAUUGAUGUGAUCGCUAAACUGCCACCCCCUACUUCCGUUAGAGGGGUGCGUAGUUUCUUGGGUCAUGCAGGUUUUUAUAGAAGGUUUAUUAAAGAUUUUUCUAAGAUUUGUAAACCUCUAUGUAAUCUGUUAGCUAAGGAUGCGAAUUUCAGUUUUGAUGAUGAAUGUCUUGUUGCUUUUAAUGUGCUGAAAGAAAAAUUAACUUCUGCCCCAAUACUUGCUGCCCCGAACUGGUCUUAUCCGUUUGAGAUUAUGUGUGAUGCCUCCGAUUUUGCAAUCGGUGCUGUUUUGGGUCAAAGAAUUGACAAGCUGCCUUAUGUCAUUUAUUAUGCCAGUCGAACUUUAGAUGAUGCACAGAUUAACUACUCUACAACUGAAAAAGAAUUGUUAGCAGUUGUCUUUGCAUUAGAAAAGUUCAGGUCUUAUUUGAUUGGAUCUAAGGUGAUUGUUUAUUCUGACCAUGCUGCUUUGAAAUAUUUGUUACUGAAAAAGGAUGCUAAACCUAGGUUGAUUAGGUGGAUUUUAUUGUUGCAAGAGUUUGAUUUGUCUAUCAGGGACAAGAAAGGAAGCGAGAACGUGGUGGCUGAUCAUUUAUCACGCCUCCCCGAUCAGAUUAUACAUUCUGGGAAGGAUCUGGAGAUACCUCUUAAUGACAGGUUUCCCGAUGAAGGUUUGUUUUCUGUGAUGAGUAAAGAGCCAUGGUAUGCUGAUCUUGUUAAUUAUUUAGUUACCGGUAAGUUUCAUCCCGAUUUAAAUUCACAGGGUAGAAAACAUUUUCUCUCCAAAGUGAAAUAUUAUUUCUGGGAUGAACCUUACUUGUUUAAAAUCUGCCAUGAUCAGACCAUUAGGCGUUGCAUUCCUGAACACGAACAAGAAAGUGUUUUGCAUCAUAGUCAUACUUUGAAUUGUGGUGGGCAUUUUAGUGGGAAAAAACUGCAUUUAAAGUCUUGCAAUCUGGUUUUUAUUGGCCUACUCUCUUUAAAGAUGCAAUUUCUUUCUGUGCUAAAUGUGAUCGUUGUCAGAGAGUAGGGAAUAUUAGCAAACGUCAUGAGAUGCCUCUUACGAAUAAUUUGGUUGUUGACUUGUUUGACGUUUGGGGUAUUGAUUUUAUGGGCCCAUUUCAUACUUCUUUUGGGUUUAAUUAUAUUCUGGUUGCAGUUGAUUACGUGUCUAAAUGGAUUGAAGCUAUUGCCACUAGAACUAAUGAUAGUCGAGUGGUGCUGAAUUUUUUGAAGGAGGUAAUUUUUGCUAGGUUUGGGGCACCAAGGGCUAUCAUUAGUGAUGGUGGCAGCCACUUUUGUAACAAGUUUUUUGCAGGAUUGCUGAAAAAGUAUGGUGUUACGCACCGGGUUGCAACACCUUACCAUCCACUGACAUCGGGGCAAGUUGAGGUGAGUAACAGACAGAUUAAAGGUAUUCUGGAAAAAACCGUGAAUCCUUCACGUAAGGAUUGGGCUAAUAGGCUGAACGAUGCAUUGUGGGCUUACCGGACAGCCUACAAAACCCCAAUUGGAAUGAGCCCGUACAGGUUAGUUUUUGGUAAACCUUGUCAUUUGCCUGUAGAGUUGGAACACCGAGCCUACUGGGCUAUCAAGGCGCUAAAUUUUGAUCUUAAAGAAGCAGGUAACUUGAGAAAAUUGCAUUUGAAUGAGCUGGAUGAGAUUAGGAAUGAUGCAUACGAGAGUGCGAAAAUUUAUAAAGAACGCACUAAACUUUUUCAUGAUAAAUCCAUUUUGAGGAGAGAUUUUAAACCUGGAAUGGAGGUGUUGUUAUAUGACUCUCGUUUGAGGCUUUUUCCAGGGAAGUUAAAAUCUAGGUGGACUGGACCGUUUUUGAUUCGCCAAGUUUUUUCCCAUGGUGCAAUUGAACUUGAAAAUCCGAAAUCUGGGAAUGUUUUUAAGGUGAACGGUCAACGAGUGAAGCGAUAUUUGAAAAGUGAAGAUGUAGUCGAGCAAGUUGAGUGUCUUGAGCUUCGGGAAUACCGUUGCUCAUGUUGUGUCUAGUCACAGUUUCUAAAAAAAAAAAACUUUUAUUCUGUUUCCCCCUUCCCCAUUCUUUUCUUUUCUUUCUUUGUUUCUUAGUUUUGCAGGUUACUUCUCAAGUUGUUAAAGUUUUAGUUUGAAGCGCUUUCAGGGAGUAUUUCUUUUCCUUUGUCUUUUUAUUAUUUCUCCAUUGAGGACAAUGUUUGAGAUAGGUGUGGGGGAGGAGUAACGGUCACUUUUUAGUUCUAUUUUAGUUUCAGAAUCACCAAAAAAAAAAAAACAGAAAACUGCUUUUAAAAAAAAUGUUUUCCUUGCUUGGAGUUGAGGAGAAUUUAAUUUCAGGAUAACUUUUUUGGCUUCAAGUUGUGAAAAGUUCCCUUUCAGUGGUAUGUGGUCUGAUUGGUUGGUUCCAUGCUAGGUUCCUCUUGAAUUUGAUUGAGUCCUUCACAUUGUUUUACAUCGUGUCAUUAAUCUUGAUGUAUUUUUCAAUUCUUUAUGACCUCUUAGGAUGCAUCUCUAACGUUCUUAGAAAGUGUGAAUCCUUUGUCUUUUAGUUAGCAUAAUAGAACUUGUCUUGUUGCUCUUUUGGAAGCUAAGUUAUUGUGCAAACUGAUUCAGAUAUGAUCUAGGCCAUUUUUCAUAGCCCCAAACCUUUAAGCCUACCCUUUUGUUUAUUUGUAUUUCCGCUUGCUACCCCUUUGAGCCUAAUAUGUCUUAAAGCAUUCUAACGUGCUUUUGACUAGUAAUUCUUUCUAAUUACCCAUCAAUGAUGACCCGAGCCCAAAUAGCCAAAAUGUAUCCCACACCCUUGAGUUGACAUUUUCUUAUACUUAAAUUGUGACUUAAAAGAGUUUAUCUUUUUGGAGCAUUUUUCUUUGUUAUCCCCGGCAGUUUGUAUAGAUUCAAUGUUGUUGGUGCUGAUUCUUGUGAGCAGUGAGUGGAUUGAAGGUUUGAAAAGUCCAAAAAAAAAAAAAAAAAAAAAGAAGAAGAAAAAAGUCAAAAAAAAAAAAAAAACUGAAAAGUUGAAAAGUGAAAAAGUAAAGAAGAAAGAAGUGAGUUGAAGUUGUAUUCUUUGAGCUUCCUAUUUGUAUCCCUUUAUCUAAGAAGCCGGUUUGAUUUUUGUAGUAGUUUAGUUGCUCCCUUUGUCAUUUAUUGAACUCUUCCUAGGAUCAAUUUGGUAUAGAAAAUGUCUCCUCCUUUGUUUGAAUUCCCAUUUCCUUUCUCUCAUUAACCCAUUACCCAUGACCACAUUACAACCCGAAUAAAAGUCCUAAGUGAUCUUGAUCAAGUUUGUGCUUUGAUAAGGUGGAGGGAAGAGCAUAAGAUGACUAUAGAGUGUUGACUAAUUGGCUUAGGACUUCACAUAAUUUCUGUGAGAGUUACUUGAGUGUCUCACUAGGUCGUUUAGAAUUGUAAAAUACAUCUCUAUUAAUGACAUAUGAGUCUAGAUUUUGACUUUGGAGUUGGCAUUGUGGUGGAUACUUGAUUCAAAUUUUUUGGGGAUGUUUUGUCAUGGAGGGGAAUGUUAGUAUGCCUGGUGAGUGAAAGGGGAGUUUGAACACUUGUUGUUGAAUUUGGUUUCUUGAUCUUAAUUUUCCUUGAGGACAAGCAAAAUGCAAGUGUGGGUGAGUUUGAUAAGUUAGAAUUUGUGAUUAAUUUUUAUCACAAUUCUAUACUUAUUAUUUGCCUAAUUGAGAGGUUUUAAUCUUACUUUUAUCUUAAAAUUGAUUUUUACAGGUGAGAAAUUUAAAUGAAGCAAUUGGGCUCAUUGGGGCUCAUUGAAGAGAUGUUAUUUCCAAAUUCAAGAAUGGGCCAGUUCAAAUUUGGAAGACUUCACAUAAUUUCUGUGAGAGUAAACUAGGCUCGAGAACAAAAUUAAAGGAGAGUAACUCUUUUAUUUUGACUGAUAAGGAAAAUUGGAAAAAGAGAAAACAGCCCAGCAAAGUCCAAGAACGGCUCUAACAAAAAUGAAGAAAAAGAGUCCAAGGAGCAGAAGGAAAGGAGGUAGAUUUGGGGGUUCUUUGAAUCAUCAAUUCGAAACGGCUCCACGAAUUGCGGUUCCUACUCUCGAACGGCACCGAAAAAUCAGGAGUUAAGGGUUGGAACUGACUGUAAUUCGGGGAUAUAAAAACCGCAAUAGCAAGGGUUUUAAGGGGAGGAUUGCGAGGAGGAAGGGCUGCAACCUGGGAGAUGACCCAUUGAACUUCAGGCUGCAACUUUCUGGAGGAAGGAAUUAGUUAGUGCUUGAAAAAUUCUGGUUUGAUUCAGCAAUAUUCUCUUUUGAUCUUGAUUUGUACGUUACUUUUCUUGAUAACAAACUUGCUUUGGUUUAGUUAUUUGGGAAUUGUCAGUACUCGUUAUUUUGUUGAUUGUUAAAUGUUCAAGAUGAACUCUUUUAUUAUUGUUGUUUUACUCUCAGCCAGUUUUGAUAUGAGUAGCUAAAUUCCUUAAGUCCGGAUUAUGAUGAAGUUGCUAUGAUUUAGUAUGAAUUGUGAUUUUAGUUAUGUCAAUUGGUUGAGUUUUAUCCAUUGUUCUUAUUCACCUAAUUGAUUGUGUUAAUUUUUGGCCAACUUUAAUAUAAUUAAUUAAGUUGUUUGAGUGGACUAAUAGAGUACAUGCCAUGCCUAUUAGUUCGAGCUCUUUUGGAUAAAAGAAUAGAUAAUUUUACUGUCUUGUUAGAUUAUCUAUUUGGUUCUUAAAUCGGGUUUCCGUAGUUCUUUUGUGUUUAAUGGAUUUUAACUAUUAAAUUAAUAAUUUUUUUUAUUGAUUAAUAGUUAAGGUACGUGACUUAUUCUGGACGCCAUACGGAAAAGUCAUAUUUUCGUCUAGAACGAACCCUCAAUUUUAAUUGACUAACUAAAUCGCA